UUUUGAAACCCCCCUGUAUACAGUGCACUUGGUAUAAAGAAGAAAGGACAUAAAGAACAAUCAAAUUACGAACUACUAUGGUUUGCUUCCCAAGCUAUUAGCCUACUCGUGCGGCCGCUCCGGCUUUGGUGUAGCCGCCGGUACCAAACCUAAUAAAAGCGACGGCCACUCCCCCAGAUUUGGCAGACUGAACACCACUUUCUAUCUUAAAGUCUGUAAUCAAUCCUAGCCUGAUUUACACCAUUUCCCUUAACAAUUGUAUCGUAAACUUCAACCUGCGCUUGCCAACCCAGGCGGCUGCGAUGGCAUUUGCCUCCUCAUCUGAGACUCCCCACACCGGACCGAGACAACCUGGCUCACUCGCCGACUCAACAGAGGGGCUCCUGCAGGACCACGCGGAGUCAUUCGACGCAAAAGAGGGGGUCUUCCGUGCCUUCUCCGAAGCAUUCGACUCCAUAGCCCAGCAAGGAAAACAGAAAAAAUCAGCAAAUUGACCUAUUUGCAGUCUGUAAAGGAAGGUAACAGGGAUCCUAGAAGGCCCCGGAAGGCCCCGGAAGGCAGCCCGCCGGUCCGAUAAUUGGAAUGCGU